GCUCACACCUUCCUGCUCCCCCCUGCCAGGUCUCCAGGCAGGGUCUCGCCACUGUGGACCCCUCACCCUGCCGGAGGGCAGGGCCCGCUGCCUCCGGGAUGGCGAGAUGGCUGCCUCGCUCCGCCGACCUGACCCGCUUCUGCCAGAAACUCAACCGGGUGAAGACCUUGGAGGACGACAUGAUGGAGACGUCCUUCAAUAGAUGCCUUUCCACCAUCGACUUGACGCUGCUGGGCAUCGGAGGCAUGGUGGGCUCUGGGCUGUACGUCCUCACGGGCACUGUGGCUAAGGAGAUCGCCGGCCCUGCCGUCAUCGUCUCCUUUAUCAUUGCCGGCUUUGCCUCGCUCCUGGCUGCUCUCUGCUAUGCCGAGUUUGGAGCCCGGGUACCCAAGACGGGCUCUGCCUACAUGUUCACCUACGUGUCCGUGGGUGAGAUCUGGGCCUUCCUCAUCGGCUGGAACGUGCUGCUGGAGUACAUGAUCGGAGGAGCUGCGGUGGCCAGGGCCUGGAGCGGCUACCUGGACUCCAUCUUCAACCACAAGAUAAAGAACUUCACCGAGACCCACGUGGGCACCUGGCAGGUGCCGUUCCUGGCCCACUACCCCGACUUUCUGGCAGCAGCCAUCCUGCUGGUAGCCACCGCCUUCAUCUCCUUCGGGGCCAAAGUGUCCUCCUGGCUAAACCACGUCUUCUCGGCCAUCAGCAUGGGUGUCAUCCUCUUCAUUCUCAUCAUGGGCUUCAUCCUCGCGCAGCCCAAGAACUGGAGUGCCCAGGAGGGCGGCUUCGCCCCGUACGGACUGUCGGGCAUCAUGGCCGGCACAGCCACCUGCUUCUACGCCUUCGUGGGCUUUGAUGUCAUCGCGGCCUCCAGCGAAGAGGCCAGGAACCCGCAGAGGGCUGUCCCCCGGGCCAUCGCUUUCUCCUUGGGGCUGGCCACCGGGGCCUACAUCCUGGUGUCGGUGGUGCUGACGCUGAUGGUGCCCUGGCACACGCUGGACCCCGACUCUGCCCUGGCAGAUGCGUUUUACAGGAGGGGCUAUGCCUGGGCAGGGUUCCUGGUCGCCGCUGGCUCCAUCUGCGCGAUGAACACAGUCCUGCUGAGCAACCUCUUCUCCCUGCCACGCAUCGUCUACGCCAUGGCCGAGGACGGGCUCUUCUUCCAGGUCUUCUCCCGAGUGCAUCCCCGCACGCAGGUGCCUGUCGUCGGCAUCGUGGUCUUUGGGCUACUCAUGGCCCUGUUGGCCCUCAUCUUUGACCUGGAGGCCUUGGUGCAGUUCCUGUCCAUUGGCACGCUGCUGGCCUACACCUUCGUGGCUGCUAGCAUCAUCGUCCUGCGCUUCCAGCAGCAGAAGGUGGAUGCCCCUGCGCCGGUGGCCAGUGGCCGUCCCAGCCCCCAGCCCCAGGAGGUUCCGUCCACCGGCGAGCUGAAGGAGUACGAGUCCUUCUCUGACAAGCUCCAGCUAGUGGACAGGGACAAGAGCAAAGAGCACCGGGAGCCGGGGCAGCUGAAGGCAGCUUUUGAGCCCUACCUGGAGUUCCUCAGCGACUUCUACCCGGGCGAGGUGGUCACGGUGGCUGUGGUGACCCUGAUGGUGUCCGCCAUCUGCCUCUGCUCCAUCUUGGUGUUCGGCAACACUCACCUCCACCUGCCCACCUGGAGCUACUCCCUGCUGCUGGUCCUCUUCAGCCUGGGCUUCCUGCUCAGCCUCCUCCUCAUCUGGGCGCACGAGCAGCAGCGCGGCACACAGACCUUCCAGAUCCCCCUGGUACCCCUCUCCCCAGCGCUGAGUAUCGUCCUCAAUAUCUAUCUGAUGCUGAAGCUCAGCUACAUGACGUGGCUCCGCUUUGCCGUCUGGCUGCUCUUAGGCCUGCUCGUGUACUUCGGUUACGGCAUCUGGCACAGCAAGGAGAACCUGCGGGAGCCCAGGCCGCAGCGCGUCAGCGCCCGCUAUGUGGUGUUCCCCAGCGGCAGCCUGGAGGAGAGGGUGCAGGCAGUCCAGCCCAGCUCCCAGCCCGCCGCCGGGCUGCCGGACACCGACACCGACGACUGCAAGAGAUGACACCCCGGGGGACAGGGGCACCUGGCUAUGGGAGCAUCUGACCCCCUCCCCACGGUGAGGCCAGAGAUCCCCCCUCCUCCUCCUGGUCCC